AAAUGUAGCUUCGGUAAUAUAUAGAUGUAACACACAAUAUUUAUUUCUUCUGAAUGAAAUCUUUAUAUAUUACUAGUGUGAUUUUAUAUAAAUGGUGGCAUGGUUAUUCUCCCAAAACGGAGCUUACCGUGUGGCUAAGUCUCUUUAGCCUUAAAUUGUUGAUAAACCAAGACGAAAAGGUGCACUCAUCAAAUGUUUUGAGAGGAUUAUGGAGGAGCAGAGCCCGGACUGUGCUGAACCAGUGCAAAGUGUAAAAUAUGAAAAGACUGGGGAGGACAAAGAGACUGUGAAGGACGAACCUGCAGCAGAAUCAGAAGAAGAUGAGGAGGCUCUGCCGCAUUCCGAAAUCCUAGACAUCUUUGAGGAGGGACUGGCUCGUCUGGUGCAGGACCCUCUGCUCUGUGAUCUACCAAUACAGGUGACACUUGAAGAGGUAAAUUCCCAGAUUGCACUGGAAUAUGGCCAGGCCAUGACUGUCAGAGUCGUAAAGGCAGAUGGAGAAGUAAUGCCCAUUGUGGUGGUGCAAAAUGCUACCGUCCUUGAUCUAAAAAAAGCCAUAUCCAGAUACAUGGAGCUCAAACAGCAGCGUGAAGGAGGAGUCAAAUAUAUAAGCUGGCGAUAUGUUUGGAGAGCAUAUUAUUUGGUGUUUCAAGGGGAAAAGCUUGAAGAUGACAGAAUGAGAAUUAAGGAUUAUGGUAUUAGAAACCGAGACGAAGUGACGUUUAUAAAGAGACUAAGGAAAAAGUGACUGCAUCAUCACCAAAAAGAACCCCUGCAGCUUCCUGGAGUGACUGCACUCUGUCACUUAUGGACAUUUAUAUAAACCACUAUACAAGUAUGAAUAAUGUGCAUUUUUAUUAUACCAAUUUGUAAUAAACAAAAAUGUGCUGUUAUUGUCAAUAUAUGUAUUUUGUAUAUUACAUGUUUUCUAAAUAAAUUAUCCACUGCUGGUU